CAAACAGGUAACUUCGUGUGUCACAUUUAUACCUCAUCAGCGAUUUCCAUCCGGUGUUGUCUGAUUCAUAGGUGUACAUAGUUACUAAUAAAAAUAUAAUUAUGAAUACUUUAUUCCAUUUCUCAUUGUCUCAUUUCUAAUAGAUCCUCCUAAAUCCUACACACAGCACCUAUACAAAUUAUUAUAUUAUAUUAUAUUUAUUCAUUUUAUUCUAAACUGUUGUGUUGAUUAUUUUUGUGAAAGUACAUUGAGAUCCACUAAACCCGAGUCAAAUUCCUUGUAUGUAAACUUACUUGGCCAAUAAACACGAUUCUGAUACAGUUGCAGUGAUUUUUAGUUAAAUAAAAUAAAUUGGAAAUAAUGCAGAAAUUCCAUGUUUUUUUUCUCGGAAAUAUUGCGGGAAAGCCUUGGAAUUUGAAAACUUCGGGAGGGACUCUUAGCCUGGAGGAUUCUCACCCUGAAAACGGAGGUGUGUCCAACGGACCAGAACAUCCAGAGGACACCCAGUAGCCUAUUACUAAAGUAAAUAACGGAGCUUGUAAAGUUCGCCCCAUUCACUAAAGUAUUUAGAGUGGACGUGGGCGACAGGUGUCCCUGACGUAGAGAGGACCAAUCACAUCCGCCUUUUUCAAGCCAUAUAAACUACGGAGAGGAUUUUCCAGGCAGGCAGAGCUCGACGGGAUUAGGACGGUGGAACUGAGGGAAGAGAUUUGAGCCAGAAGAAAGUUGUACUGUCAGGUGCGCAGUUUUACAGGCCAACGGUCAACUACUGGAAAUGUGCUGAAUGAAGAUGAAGAUGAGGAUGAUGAUGAUGGCCGUUCAGUGCCGCCGGUGUUGGCCCUUGCUCUGCACCUUGGCCUUCCUCUCCUGCUGGGUCGCCUCGCUCGACUCCAAGGACUCUUCUCUCCAACAUCCCUCCCGGUGGGUGUGGUCAACUCGCAGUGACACCCCCCCACUGAAAUCGGCCCCGGCCCCUUUCCAGGAAAACUUUACGUGCUCGACCAAUGACAGCGUGGACGUCCCUCCACACCUUCCCCAGGUACAUCAGGAAUUCCUACGCUACAGGCAUUGCCGGGCAUUCCCAACUCUGCACCCUUCACCGUGCGAGGAUGACCUCUAUCUCCUGUUGGUCAUCAAGUCCACGGCUGCUCAGGUAGAGCGGCGCGCUGCACUGCGGGACACCUGGGGUCGCGCGGGUCGUGUCCAGGGUCGGCGGGUCAAGCUAGUCUUCCUGAUGGGCCGCUCACCUGACCAGGUGCGGAGCUACAACCUCCAGCCGCUGCUGGAGUGGGAGAGCCGUCACCACAGGGACAUCUUGCAGUGGGACUUUGUGGACAGCUUCUUCAACCUGACCCUGAAGGAGGUCCGAUUCCUCAGCUGGUUCUCGCGCACGUGCAGCGGCGCGCAGUUUGUGUUCAAGGGCGACGACGACGUGUUCGUGCACACGCGGAACCUGAUCGAGUUCCUGAGGGAACACAAGCCAGAGGAUCACCUGAUGACGGGAGACAUCCUGCCCCGCUCCUUCCCCCUUCGGAACAAGGACACCAAGUACUUUAUCCCGGUUGAGAUGUACCCCAACGGGAAGCCCUAUCCGCCCUACGCGGGCGGCGGCGGGUAUCUGAUGUCACGGCAGACCGUGCUGGGUCUGGACGCGGCGGCCCAGCAGGUGGCGCUGUUUCCGAUCGACGACGUGUUCGUGGGCAUGUGCCUGCAGCAGAUGGGCGUGAGCCCCACGCGCCACGCUGGGUUUCUGACGUUCGGCUUUAGAAACGGCCUCAAGCACUUUGACCCCUGUGUUUAUCGUGACAUCAUGCUGGUGCACAAACUGAGCCCUGUAGAAAUGUGGGUCAUGUGGGCGCUUAUGCAAGACGACAGUCAGAUCUGUAGAAGGGGCGGAUAAAGACUGUCAUGUGCGCACUGAUACAAGACGACAGUCAGAUCUGUAGAAGGGGCGGAUAAAGACUGUCAAAUAAACCUACCACCAUCAUGUGGCAGGAUGACUGAGAGCACUGUAUUGUGGGUAAUAAUCUACAGACUGUGAACAUGUAUUCUGAACAUGGUUCUAGAGGUGCACAGUGAUGUCAUUUCCUGUGUUUGUUAAACCAACACAAUGAUCUUUCUCAGGCCCAUGCUGUGUAAUAUUCAUUGGUAAUGCAAUUGGUGUGCUUUCAAAGGAUCCAAUUGAUUUAUUUAAUAAUUUAUUAUUUGAAUUACACACAACUUUCCAUCGCAUCUGUACUUUCCUGAGUAACAUAUUUGGAUUCAGAUGCAUUCUACUUAGUUCUCUAUAUUUGUAUAACUUCAGGUUUGCAUAUGUUCAUAUUUAAUAUAUUACCUUUUGAAGUCCUAAAGUUUUAUAUAAUUAUUAAUGAAAUAUUAGACGGAUCAUGCUUCGAGAAGACGAUUUAUGUAAUACAUGAGAAACUAAUAGAAAACUGUAGUAGAAGACCUACAUUUCUAUGAUGAAAUAUCAAAGGCUAACCUUUAGCUUUUUUUAUGUGAAUGUUUCUACAUGUGGGUACAUGAAUGUGUGUGUGUGUGUGUGUGUGUGUGUGUGUGUGUGUAUAUAUAUGUAUGUAUCUGUGAAGAUGUAUUGAGGUAUACACUAUAUUCAGGAACAUGUAUACGGGUACUUCCUCUGUUGUCUAUGCAAGCACUGUGUGUUCUUGGUAUGGGGGAGAGAUAACAAAAAGGUCAAAAAUUGUGACAAGAUGUUUUAAAUAACAGGAAAUGUAUCUAUGAUAUUAACUGACAUAAUAAAGUAUAAAAACAAAAUGUG